GUAUUUGUGGCCCUUAUCAGUGGCCGGAGCUGCAGAUGCAACUCUGCGCAUGAAACUGUACAAGACUUGAAGGAAGAAGCGGAGCGCAAGUUGGAAACGACCAUUGAGCAUCUCAGUGGCCUCGACAUGCAGCCGCUGAAUGGAGCGAUGACUCUGCAAGAAGCCAACAUUCUGCCUGGAAAUACCCUGACGGCCGUCCUAGACCCUGUGGUGCUGAAGGACUUCGGCCAUGGGAUUUCGAUGAAGACGGCGCAAUCCGUUUUCGAUGAGUACGGGCCCAGGAUAGACAUGCUUGCAGACUGGAAGGAUCUGAAGGAUCCAUCCUCCUUGGAGGAAGUCCUACCUGCCGGGCAUGUGGCACUGAGCCAACUGGUGCGUCUCAGUCCGGAAGAGAUCAUUUUCCCAAAGCCGGUGCAGGUAGAGAUGCCAGUCUGCGUGGGUGCAAAAGCAGUAUGGAGAUCAUCCGCGACAGGAUGGACACCAGUGGAGGGUGCCAAGUUCUGCGAUGGUCGAGUGGUUGUGGCACUGGACCAUUUUUGCGAUGUUGUUGUGACAGGAUACUGUCAGCUGAAAGCUAUUGGAUUUAUCGAUCCACGCGAUACCACUGCCAAAGUGGUACUUCUACACGUGGCUUGCAGGUCAUGUCAAAACAAUUUGGAUCAGCUAUGCUUAGAUGCCGAAAUGUUGGAAUUAUUCAAAAAGUGUGGCCCCAGUGCACCUUUGGGAACGUAUGGCCACCAAGAACGCCUGCAAGCCCGUCAAGCAGGGCAAGAAGUGCUGAACAUGCCAGUCAUGUUCCACAGAAUGCCACAAGUGUCUGGAAAACUGACCGCUCAAUCGGCGCGUCAUUUCAGCGUGGAAAUCGAUGGCACUGAGCAUCGAUUUGAAGAACUUCUGUCAGAGGCAGUGACUGCAAGUCCAACAUCUCAGCUCCGUUCGACUCCAGCCUCGGAGGCCAGGCCAUCCGCAGCUGCAUGGCUAGGAGGCGAACAUGGAAAUCCUGCGGCAGUUGCUGUGACGUCAGACGUGCCGGCAGCGCCGCGGCCAGAGCGAUGCCAUUUGCUGCUGAGUGGCCGGUUCAACAGUGAAAGGACGAUGAAUUACAUGAGAAGGGUGAAAAGGCGACUGGAAGAGAGAAGAGUUCCAGUGUGUAUGGUCCAAGCUCAGGUCGGCCAAAGUUUUGCCGAGCUGACGCGGAUAGGAUUGGCCCAUGCCAAAGGCAUGGUGGCCUUCUGCACGUCGGACUACGGCGCCUAUACAGCCCCACAUCCGUCUACUCCGGGCCUUGGCACUUCCAUCUGCGUAGAGCAACGCAAGACGCCGUACGACAUCGCUCAGGAUAAUGACCACCGGAAGGUGAUGGGUGUGCUGGACCCGGUAUUUGUGGCCCUUCUCAGUGGCCGGAGCUGCAGAUGUGCCUCGGCUGGUCGGAAAGCAGCGGAAGCCUUGCGAAACACAAACAACUUUGAUGCAGAUACUACAGCAGAUUACAGCAGGAAUGGAGCGAUGACUCUGCAAGAAACCAACAUUCUGCCUGGAAAUACCCUGACGGCCGUCCUAGACUUCGGCCAUGGGAUUUCGAUGAAGACGGCGCAAUCCGUUUUCGAUGAGUACGGGCCCAGGAUGGACGUGGUUGCAGACUGGAGGGAUCUGAAGGAUCCAUCCUCCUUGGAGGAAGUGCUCCCUCCCGGACACGUGGCACUGAGCCAACUGGUGCGUCUCAGUCCGGAAGAUGUCACGUUUCCAAAGCCAGUGGAGGUUGAGAUGCCAACAUGUGUAGGUGCGGAAUCUGUUUGGAGAUCAUCAGCCACAGGCUGGGAACCACUACUGGGUGCGAAAUUCAGCGAUGGCCGAGUGGUUGUUGCACUGAGCCACUUUUGUGAUGUUGUGGCCACGGGGCCAUGUGGCCUGAAAGCUGUGGGAUUCAUCGAUCCACACGAUGCAAACGCGAAAGUCGCAUUGCUACACGUGGCGUGCGAGUCAUGUCAGAACAGUUUGGAGCAGCUGUGCUCCGAUGCUGACAUGUUGGGAUCCUUCAAGAAAUGCGGCCCCAGCGUACCGCUGGGAACUUACCGCCACGACGAAGACCUGGAGCUGCGUCAAGGGCAAGAAGCGAUGAACAUGAGAGUCAGGUUCCACCGAAUGCCGCAGGUUUCCCGGAAACUUGUGGCUGACUCUGCAAGCCACUUCAGUGUCGAAAUUGAAGGGGAUGACCAUCAGUUCGAAGAACUUCGGUCAGAGGCAGCCACGAGUGCAACAGCUUCAAACCCAACAGCAUCGGAUCCCCCGUCGGCUCCAGCGACCUCACAGGCGAUGCCCGCAGCCGCGAUGACCUCAGACGUGUCGAUGGCACAGGAGCGGCCAGAGAGAGGUCACCUGUUACUGAGCGGCCGCUUCAACAGUGAUACGAUUCUUGUCGAAGGAUUGGGCCGUGCCAAAGGCAUUGUGGCCUUCUGCACUUCGGAGUACGGGAAUUCCACCUUCAUGGCAAAGGAUGGCCCAGAUACCUCGGCAGGGCGUCCCAGAUGUGAAACCUCCAACUUCGGAAUCCACGCUGUUCUGACCUUGGCAGACCAUGCUGGCGUCGAAGCAAUUUUCCAGCACUUGGAUCCCACCGGAAGUGGAACGCUCGGGAAGGAGGAGCUGCUGUCCAUCCUCUCUGGCCUUGGCGUUUCUGAUCAAGAGCUGCCUGGCUCACCUUGUCAUGUCGGCAUGUCCGCAGAUGAUCAUAACCCCGUUCAGCUGUGUGGUGAUUUUCUGUCGCACUCAGACAUGACUUGUGCGAUGUUUUUGCGGAACACAUUGAAAGAUGGCAAGGAAGUCGAAGGUCAGUGGGCUGCGUUAAGGCAAGAUGUUCAGACAGAGCUCAACAUCUCAGAGCCGAAUGACCUUGGUUCCAAGGUGGAAGCGGAGGCAGAUGAAACUGAAAUCGAAAAUUGCGGAGACAUCCUGCAGGCUGCGAAAGAAGGCAACGUCGGAGCUGUCCGACACUUGCUGCAGGUGGACCCCCAGAGCCUGGAGCAAGUCGACAGACUAGGCGUCGGGCCGCUGGCGUAUGCGGCUGUGGAAGGCCACCUGGAGGUGGUCCAGGUGCUGCUGGCCGCGGGCGCCUCCGUCGAGGCGAAGAACCACAACGGCAACGGGCCGUUGCACUUUGCGGCUCAGGAAGGCCACCCGGAGGUGGUCGAGGCGCUGCUCGCCGCGGGCGCCUCCGUCGAGGCGAAGGAUGACGACGGCCGCGGCCCCCAGAGACGGGACGGAUGUGACAGAGAUGCCAACUCAUGUCGACUUGGCGCGGCCCGUCGCCAUUUCCAGCGGCGCCCUCCGGACCGAGGCGACGAGCCGCUGGCGAUGGCGGCUGCCGAAGGCCACCUGGAGGUGGUCGAGGCGCUGCUGGCUGCGGGCGCCUCCGUCGAGGCGAGGGGUAGCGUCGGUUCGACACCGCUGCACUACGCGGCUUUCAACGGCCACGCCGCCGUCGUGGAGCAGCUCCUCGCCGCGGGCGCCGCCGUGGAUGCUGCGAACAACGAAGGUCGGACAGCGCUGCACGACGCGGCGAAACGGGGCCACACCGCCGCUGUGGAGCAGCUCCUCGCCGCGGGCGCCGCCGUGGAUGCUGCGAACAACGAAGGUCGGACAGCGCUGCACGACGCGGCGAAACGGGGCCACACCGCCGCUGUGGAGCAGCUCCUCGCCGCGGGCGCCGCCGUGGAUGCUGCGAACAACGAAGGUCGGACAGCGCUGCACUGGGCGGCUAUCGACGGCGACGCCGCCGUCGUGGAGCGGCUCCUCGCCGCGGGCGCCGCCGUGGAUGCUGCGGACAACGAAGGCGACACGCCGUACGACAGAGCCAAGCACUUCGGCCGCCGGAAGGUGAUGGGUGUCCUGGACCCGGUCCCUUGGCGCUGGGAUGAACAUCCCUUGGUGGACCAGGGCUUCGGCACAC